UGUUAACAGUACAAUGAUUUUUCUUUAACACCGUCACUAAAAAUAGAUACAGUCAAAAGAGAAGUAUCGAGGAUAACAAUGUGCAAAUAUAUGAACUAUUAAUUCGUUUUUAGGAGAUGGUUUUCGGUUAAGAUUCAGUAUGUCAAGACAAGGAACGCUUUAUAGUCCGGCAGAAAGAAUAGAAACACACAAAGUGCCCAGGCGACAAAAUGAUGUUUUUCAAGAGAAUGUGGUUAAACUAAUGAAUACAAUAGAAAAAAGAAUGAGCCAGUAUUCAUCGGUGAAGGAGAUCCCUGAAGCUAGCGAGAUUGAGUGUGCCCUGAAAGCCCCUGCCCAAAAAGGGACAGCUCAAUAUACACAGUGGGUUAGUAAGCUGUGGAGGGAAACUGCAAAACUGAAGAGUUCUGAAGCUAGAAGAUUCCUAAAUCCUUGUAGAACACAUCUAGAGCAUUACAACAAUGCUUUGAUUAUAUAUAACGAUGCAAGGAUGUGUGAUGCCCUGGAUUAUCUUGAUGCAGAGAUGAAUCGUUGGAAGGAAAGUGCCAUAAUGGAUGAAAAUGAAUCGAUUCUCUAUGGAGCCUUCAAAAAAUUAAGAAGUGCCAGGUUUCAAGACUGUCCAAAUCCAAAGCUAGAUAAGUUAUUUGAGAUGAUUAUAAAGGCAUAUAAGGGUAACUUUGAAAACUCACGUGGUAUAGUGUUCGUAAAGACGAGAAAUUUGGCCGAGGCAAUCCUCAGCUGGAUGAAGGAGUCACCAUACCUAAGGGACUUAAAUCCUAUAGUGUUUGUUGGAACAAACAUGGCUGCUGAUAAAAGAGGUAUGACUACAGCUGGGCAAGUUGAUGUACUAGAGUAUUUCCGAAAUGUGAAGCACAAGUUAAUAAUAGCUACUUCAGUUGCAGAGGAAGUUAUUGAUAUUUCCAUGUGUAAUUUUGUCAUCAGAUAUGACCAUGUGACCAACAAGAUAGCCAUGGUACAGCGCAGAGUUGAGGAAGUGCCUCCACCAGAGCCUGAUUCGGAACCUCCAGCAGAACCACCAAGCUACAGUGAGGUAAAGGAAUCUGAUGAAGAAGCUCAAGAAACGCAUCCGGAAUCUGAUCGUUUACCUACUCCAGAGCCGGUACCUGUUGUUGCGGAAACUCCGUCACACAACUAUCACCCACGAGUGUGUCACAUCAGAAAAUGGCCAGACUUUCAGGGAUAUGGCUUCAAUCUGCAUGCUGUUAAAGAUGGAACAGGCCAGUUUAUCGGUCUUGUUGAUGCUAAUUCGCCAGCAGAGAGUGCUGAUUUAAGACAAGGUGAUAGAAUUAUUGAAAUAAAUGGAGAAAAUGUUGAAGACGAGACCCAUCAAAAGGUUAUUCAUAAGAUUAAGGCUGGUGACAACGAGACAAAGAUGCUUGUUGUCGAUGCUGAAGCUGAUGAGUACUAUAAGAAUAAUGGAAUCCAAAUAACAUCGGACCUGCCAGAGGUUAUUUUCAAAGAAACCAGCAGAAAAGAAAUAUCAGUUCCAGAAGAGCUGUUAAAUCCACGUGAUGUAGACAUGUACUUAAAAGCUAUUGAAGAAGGAAAGGAAAGAGAUAAACAUGUCAGGGUGAUGGUUGUUGGCCACUUUGCACAGGGAAAAACAUCAGUCACUAGAAGGAUUUUAGGACAGUCAUUGAAAGGUGUUGAAAGUACGAAUGGCAUUGAGAUACAUAGCAAACAAUGUAAUAAGAAUGGAACUCAAUGGAAAAAUAAACCAUCGGUAGAACAUGUAGAUGAUAUGACAAGCCGGCUUGUCAACGUGGCAUCAAAAUUGUUGAAUACAGAUGAACAACAAAUUGGUGAUACUACUGAUGUCCCAUAUGAAAGUAAUGGACCUGUGGAACAUUCAAAUGAACCUGUCGCAGAAAAUAGUAGUACUAACUCAUCGAAGUCUAAAUAUGAUGCUAGUUCACUCGAGCCUAAAUAUGAUCCUAACGCAGUAGAGUCUAAAUAUGAUGAAGAUCUGGUUGCACAGUUUGCACUGAAAAAGAAUGCCAGCAAAACGUGUUCAUCUGCCGUCAUGGAACAAGAUGAUGCUAUUGAUAUAAAUAUUUGGGAUUUUGGAGGUCAGUUUGUCUAUUAUGCAACGCAUCAAAUAUUUCACUCAAAGAACGCCAUCUACCUUUUAGUUUUCAACCUAAAAAAACCUUUUGAGAGUAUGUUAAUCGAUGAAGAUUUCCCAAAUAACAAAUACACCAUGAAAAGCUGUCUCGCAUUUUGGAUGGAAUCUGUACAUUCUUUCGUAGGAUCGAAUGACGGAAAAGAACCUACGGUUAUAUUAGUUGGAACACACAAAGAGGAUUGUGAUGGAAAGGAAAAAGAGCAACUUGAAGCAGCAAUGGACAUAGCUUGUGCAACCGGAACGAUAAACCAUAUUUAUGAAACACAGUUUGCAGUGGAAUGUAUGGAUCCGCACGAUAAAUCUUUGGAACUGUUGAAAAGUGAUAUAUAUAAACUUGGGCAAGAGAAGACCCAGCACAGAAUGAUUCCAGCUAAAUGGAUUCCCCUAGAAAAGAAGUUGUUAGAAAUAAAGAACAAGAAAAUUGUACGAUUGGUAGAUGUACUGAAGAUUGAUUCGAAAAACAGCCACCCUAUUCAAGAUGAAGAACAAAUCAAAUUGUUCCUGAAGUACCACCAUGAAAAGGGGAGUUUGGUCUUCUUUGAUGAGGAAAAGCUUCAAGAGUUUGUUGUUCUUGAUCCACAGUUUCUUAUUGAUGCAUUUAAAUGCAUCAUCACGUCUCAACGUUUCUAUAGAUGGAGGCCAAAUCUCAAAGAUCUUGGUGAAAAGCUCAUGACAAGUGGUAUGCUUGAAAUGGAUCUCUUAAAUGAAAUAUGGGGAAAUGAUGAAACAAAAAGGUUCUACGCCUUUAAGAAUGUUAUAUUGGCAUUUAUGCAAAGGCUAAGAAUAUUGGCAGAGAUGAAGGAUGUAACUGAUACUUCUAUAGCAGAACAUGUGGAGAGAUGUUUCCUAGUUCCAAGUCUCCUGAAGGGACAAUCUGAUGAAAAAGUGAUGGACGCAUUUCUUUCACCCUGUAAAAAGAAGUCGAACAUUUCGCUUAUUUUGAAGUUGGAGAACACCUCUGUUUUGCCACUUGUAUAUCAAAGGGUUAUGGCUGCAGUACUUGCAAAAUGGUCGCCAGUUUAUUAUCCUAAAAGGGAUCCGUUGUUGUUCAGAGAUAUCGGUGUGUUCUUGUUAGAUUAUCAGCAUGCAGGUGUGAUAACUGUACACAGUGGUGGCUUAGAGAUGACAGUGGUCAAUUUGUGCCCCACAAGUCUGGCAGAGGCAGCGGUUUGUGAUCAAUUUCGGAGAUACAUUGAAAUGGCUAUACUGCUUGAGUUCGAAAGAUUUUCAAUCAGUUCGGAAAAAGACCUUUAUGAAUACUAUUUACGAUGCAAUCAUUCCGAGCACGGAUGUAAAGGUAGUAUAAAUGUCCAUGACUUAAAGAAAGUCAUGGGUUACCAAGAGGUGUAUUGCCCAGAUCAUGGCCAUCACGUUGUGGAUAUGAGGGAAAGCAUGGACCAGUGGUUUAAGAAAGACACUUUGUUGCCAGAUGAUGACAUACCAGACCUAGAGCUUACGGAUAAAGCGCUUAGUAAAAUAGCACAGGCAAUUGGAAAAAACUGGAAAUUACUUGGAAUUGCUCUUGGGCUCGGGCAAGAUGAUGUUGAUCGUUGCGAAAUAGAUAACCUUACGUCAGGGGUCAAAACUACAAUCUAUUACAUUUUGAAAGAAUGGAGGACAAGAUAUCCCGAGCAAAAUUCAAUGACAUUUCUGAUCAGACAGAUGAAGGAAUGUGAGGGACUCAUUGUAAACUGGGACAAAAUCAACAACAUAAUCGACAACUUCUGAUGACCAUACGUGUUGAAAAUGUCGCAGAUCUGGUGCUACCAUAGAUUCUAGAAUAUUUUUCUGUCUGACAAAUACGAAAUAGAUGAUUUAGCGUGUUGCUCAUUGACAAGUUUGCUUUAAACUAAAGGACCUCGGACAUGUUCCUAUUCAGAUUGCCUAUCCAAUUAAGUAAAAACUGACCAGGCCUAGACUUCUGAAAUAGCAUAAUACAGAUAGUUAAAGACCAUUUCUUGAUAUUUUCGAAUGGAUUUUACAAGUCUGUUAACAAAAAGGAUGACUUUUUAGACAUUUCUCAUUCUCAUUUCUAUUGAAAUAUGAACAUUAAUCAUUUUUACGUUUUAAACAUCUUUCCCCCCAGUGACGCAACAAAAUAUUUCACCUGCCUUUGUAAAUAGGUAUUAUAUAUGUAUGCUGCAAAAAUGGUACUUGGUCACAGAGGGGAAAGUGAUAAAAAUGGAAAUAAACUACAUACAGGGUAACAGCAAAUGAAUUUUACAUAAAAUAUUUCGACACUUAUUGCUUGUGUUUCGUAAACCUUACAUAUCUACAGAUUUGUUCGUUUUUUGUCAAUAUUUCAAACAUAGAAAAUACUAUAAUAAAUAAAUAAUGGACAUAGAAAGUCAUGCUUGAAAGCAGACAGAUCCUGAUAAAUAUGUCUUAUGAAUUUUUCAAUCUGGUCUGCUGCCUUUUGACAGUCUAAGUCAGUCGAUUGAGUGUCAUUAGGAUUGAGACAACUGUGUCUGUCGCAAGUCAUGGACCAAGCAAGUGGCUUAGACAUAUGCAACUAGAUGUCUUCAACCUAAACAUGACAAUGAGUUAUAGACAAACUUCUAUGGGAAUAGUGCCACUGUGGUGCAAAUGACUUUUAACCCUAGAAUGCAUUUUGCUUUUAAUUCGAACCAAAGAACCACUGGAUCCAACAUCCUCAAAUCUAACAGAAAUACACUAGACACCAACUCCUGAACUGACCCUAGUGCCUUCAGAACUAACACGGACACUCCAGAACUAACACUGACACCCCCAGAAUUAACACCAAUGCACCUACACAUCUGAAACUUAUUCAGAAGCCGCCCAAAUACUAGAAGCGACCUUCAAGGAACUAACACUGACACCCCAAGAAAUUAGAAUAUCACCAUAGAUGUUGAUACUAGCUAUUUAAGUUCUGUCCCAUUGGAAUAGUCGGAAUUUUAUUACCACAUUGUAUCAUUGUGUUGUUUAAUUCUUUUUAUGCAUUGGUGUAACAGAAAGUACAUUUAAAUGUUUGCUAGACAUUAAAACGUAUAGGCUAAAUGUGAAUUACUCUGUGGCGUAGCCGCUAUUAUUAAAGCACAGCAAGACUGUGCCUACACAUAAUUUCGAAAACUGAAGAACCAAACUCACCAAAAAAGAUAUAGAGGGACCUUGAAAAGAGCAAACGAUGGCAAAUGCUAAAACGCAGGCACCCCUGAACCUACAGUUGCCUAGACAGUCCCCUAUACCCCUCCGCUACAACUGAAAAAGGCCAGCUACUCAAAUGUAUGUAAAACAUUUUGAGGCCAGCUACACCACUGCAUGUAUUCAAUAUAUAACCCUCCCUAUAAUGCCCGGUCACUUUGGUACAUAUGUACUGCAUGCGUCAGUACAGUAUGGUAAUAGAUGUAUAGAAAACAAACAAUGGGCUAUGAUCAAUGCACCAGUUAUUAUGGGCGCUCAGGUGGAAAGAACUGAAGUACAGUUGUGUCAUCAAAUUUUCGUCCCCCUUUUAGUUUUUGCUUUUAAGUUAUUUUUUAAAAUGUUAAUAAAACUGAUAAUCUGCAUGGUAAGAGUUUAUUUAUUGUUUUAAAACGUUUUAUAAUAGGCAUACCUUAAAUGCAUAUGCUUAUUUCACUAAAAAUACACAUUUUUCAUAAAAUAUGACACUCGGUCACAAACUGUUCGAAUUUCAAGACAACGAAUAUGUAGUGAACUUAUUUUUUGUGACAGUUUGAUAGGUAUAUAACUUAUUUAUGAGUAUUUGAAGUCAUUAUAUAAAAUUGUCAGAUACUGAAGUCAUGAAAUGGCAUUGAAAUUUGGGCAAAUCCCUAGCAUAAUGUCCGAUGUCCUUUGUUAAAUGGCACUUUAUCCGAGGAGAGUCGUCCAACGUUAUGAUUAGAUUAUUUCCGUUCUUUAUCCCCCUGGUGUCGAAGACCCGGAAGACAUAUAGCAUAUGUGUAGUCUUAUCUGUUCGCCCGUCCGUCACUCAGUCCGUACGUCACACUUUCUUGGGUAGUCGAUUCCUCCUACAGCCUACAGUAUUUAUCGAAUUCAAAUGAAACAUUGUAUACGUCGUCAACAUAAAUGGACAUAUACAUAUUGUCAGGACUUUCAUUUCCGAUUUGUUAGCUCACCUGAGCAAUGCUGAGCAUUGUGAUCGCUCAAUGUCCGUCGUCUGUCUGUCGUCUGUCUGUCUGUCUUCUGUUGUCUGUCACCAUUUAGCUUGUGUAUGCGACAGAGGCUGUAUUUUUCAAAUGAUCUUCAUGAAAUCUGGUCAGAAUGAUAACCUUGAUGAAAUCUAGGCGAAGUUUAUAAAUGGGUCAUCUGGGGGCAAAAACUAGGUCACUAGGUCAAAUCAAAGAAAAACAUUGUGAAUGCGAUAGAGGCUGUAUUCUUCAAUUGAUCUUCAUGAAAUUUGGUCAGAAUGGUUGCCUUGAAGAAAUCUAUGCCAAGUUUGAAUAUGGGUCAUAUGGGGUCAAAAGUAGGUCACUAGGUCAAAUCAAAGAAAAACCUGUAUGCGGUAGAAGCUGUAUUUUUCAAUUGAUCUUUAUAAAAUUCGGUCAGAAUGAUUGUUUUGAAGAAAUCUAGGUCGAGUUCGAAUAUGGAUUAUCUGGGAUCAAAACGAAGGUCACUAGGUCAAAUCAAAGAAAAACCUUGUGUAUGAGAUAGAGGCUGUAUUUUUCAAUUGAUCUUCAUGAAAUUUAAUCAGAAUGAUUGCCUUGAUGAAACCUAGGUCAAGUUUGAUAAUGGGUCAUCUGGGGUCAAAAACUAGGUCACUAGGUCAUAUCAAAGAAAAUAUUUGUUUAAACUCAGGAGACCACAUUUUUGGUCCAAUCCUAAUAGAAAUUGGCCAGAAUAUUGGUUUCCAUGAAAUCACCAGGUCAAACAUGUUUACACUGUUAUUGUGUGUUUCUCAGGUGAGCGACCUAGGGCCAUCUUGGCCCUCUUGUUUUUAUUUAUGCCCCUUUUUUAACUAGAUACAUUACAAUUAUAUCAGUUUCGUGUAUUCUCGGCUACAAUUUUCAUUCAGUUCAAAUGAAAUUGGUAUACAUCACUAUGAAGAGAACAUAUACGUAUUCUCAAGACUUUCUUGUCAAAACUUGUGUUGCACAUAUCUUAAAUGUAUUUGACUUGGAGUAAUGUUUCGCAGCAUGUGGUACUGAGAAAAGUAUUUGACAUAGAAUGUUCAUCAAAUUUUAACGGAACUUGGUAUACGUCGUCGCCAUGAAGUGGACAAGCGCAUAUUAUUGGACUUUCAUGGCAGAUAAUUGUUUUAUUGAGAUGUUAAUUCUAUUCUGUCAAGAAUUUUCAGAUUGCAUGUAAUGUACACAAUGUUGUCAGUAUUUUUGUUCCGAAUUUCAAGUAAAUCAGAGUUUUUGAAUUUGUAUAUUUAUAAAUUGAAUACAUUGUAAUCCAUGUAUAUAAUAUGUUUUAAUCGACGAUAUAUGACAUUUUUGUGUCGAUUCGCCGUAAAACCCCAAUCAUUCAUUAAUUGUGUAGCACAUAUCUUAAAACGUUUUUGACCAAGAGUUAUCAGACAUACUACUAAUGUUAGCCCGUCCGCUUAGCUCAGUAGGGAGAGCGUUGGUCAACGGAUCGCGGGGUUGCGAGUUCGAUCCCCGGGCGGGGCAUAUGUUAUCAGUGACGAUUUGAUAAAAGGACAUUGUGUCAUAUAAACAAGUGGUCAGUUCAAGUAAAAGAUCUUCUUGAGAGUUCAGGUUUUGCAUUUUUAUGGAAUAGUCGGGAUAUUACAAACGUAUUGUAUGUUUAAAUGUGAUUUUAGUGUAGAAAGGUAUCUUAGUCUGAUAUUGAAUGAGAAACAUAGAAUAGCUUUUACUAGGUUAAGAUGUUCAGCACAUAAAUUAUUUAUUGAAGAAGGAAGAUAUAGAAAUAUUGAAAGAAAUAACAGAAUAUGCAGUAACUGUAAUAUGAAUCAAAUAGAAACAGAAUAUAACUUCCUUUUAGUGUGUUCUAAGUACAGAGAACUCAGAUACGAAUGUUUACCUAAUUAUUAUUGCGCUUGGCCUCAUAUUAAUAAAUUCAAAAGUCUUAUGAAUACAACGCGUGUUCAGCUAGUGAACAAAACAGCUAAGCUUAUAUCAUUAAUAAAUUAGCAAAGAUACUAUUUAUAAAAUGGUUUAAAUAACGUUGUAAGUGAUUACAGCAGGCAGUUUACUUUCUUAGUCUCAGUGUGAAUGGAAUUAAAUAUUACUGUAUGUCAUUUUAAAUAUGAUUCUCACAUUUGUGGUAACAUACUUUUCUCAUAGUUUGUAUAUAUAACCGCCAUCGAUUGUAGUAUGGCGAUAGACAUUGUAAAAUGUUUGAGCCAAUAAAAAUUUUGAAUCUUG